AUGCUCCGUUCCUUCGCCCCCGCUCGCACCGUCCUCCGCACACAGACUGCCCGUGUGCAGCGCCGUAACCUCAGCAUUCACGAGUACCAGAGCGUGCAGCUGCUCAACAAGUACGGCGUCCCUACCCCCAAGGGUGUGCCGGCUUUCACGCCGGCCGAGGCCGAGGCUGAGGCCAAGGCGUUUGGCGGACCUGUCGUCGUCAAGGCCCAGGUGCUUGCUGGCGGCCGUGGCAAGGGGCACUUCAAGAACGGGUUCCAGGGCGGUGUGCACAUGGCUGAUACUCCUGCUGAGGCCAAGGACUUUGCCAGCAAGAUGCUCGGCCAGACCCUCGUCACCAAGCAGACUGGCGCGAUUGGCCGCCCAUGCAACGCCGUCAUGAUCGCCGAGAAGAUGCCGCCAGCCAAGGAGUACUACGCUGCGCUCCUCCUGGACCGUGCUCGUGGCGCCCCGGUGCUCGUCGCCUCGAACCAGGGCGGCAUGAACAUUGAGGACGUUGCGCACGAGAACCCCGACGCUAUCAUCACCACCAACCUUGACUUUGACAACGGCAUCUCCAAGGCGGACGGCGUUGCGCUCGCUGAGAAGCUCGGCUUUGCGGAGCACUCGCGCGAGAACGCUGCCGAUGUCUUCAACAAGCUCUACAAGAUCUUCAAGGAGAAGGACAGCACGCAGAUUGAGAUCAACCCCCUCGGCGAGCUCCCGGACGGUACCGUGCUCUGCAUGGACGCCAAGUUUGGCUUUGAUGACAACGCCGACUUCCGUCAGCACGACGUUUUCGAGCUGCGCGACAAGUCGCAGGAGGACGCCGAGGAGGUCAAGGCUGCCGAGUACGGCCUCAACUUUAUCAAGCUUGACGGUGACAUUGGCUGCCUCGUCAACGGUGCCGGUCUCGCCAUGGCGACCAUGGAUGUGCUCAAGCUCCACGGUGGUGACCCCGCCAACUUCCUCGACGUUGGUGGUGGUGCCACUGCCGAGGCCGUCAAGGCCGCGUUCACCCUCAUCAUGUCGUCCAAGAACGUCAAGUCGAUCUUUGUCAACAUCUUUGGCGGUAUCAUGCGCUGCGACAUUAUUGCCGAGGGCAUCAUCAACGCGUCCAAGGACCUCGAGAUGACCAUUCCCCUUAUUGUGCGCCUGCAGGGCACCAAGGAGGCUGAGGCUAAGAAGAUGAUCAAGGAGUCGGGUCUGUCCAUUUACUCCUACGACAUCCUUGACGAGGCCGCCGACGCUGCCGUCAAGCUCGCCAACGGCGUGUCUCUGUAA